UCAAAUAAAGAAUAAACACACAUAACAUCAAAUCUAAUCUCCUCUGCUUCAUCUUUCUUUUUUCUGUCUUUAUGUCUUCAAAGAUUGGUAUGUCUGAAGUUAGAGAUACUCCGGUUAAAUUGUUUGGCUGGACAAUCACAUCUGUCUCUCAUGAUCCACUCUCGUCUUCGUCCCCUGUUCUCCCCGAUUCUUCCUCAUCUUCUUCUUCUUCACCAUCACUUGGACCACACAAGAUGCAUGACCAAUCUGCUACUGACAAUACAAGUCUUAAGAUAUCAUUAGAUCUUGACAAGGAGUCCAAAGAAACAUCUGAGAACAGCGAUGACCAACACAGCGAGAUUACAACUACUACAACAUCGGAAGAAGAGAAAUCAGCUGAACUGAAGAAACCAGACAAGAUUCUUCCGUGUCCGAGAUGCAACAGCGGAAACACCAAGUUCUGUUACUACAACAACUACAACGUUAACCAGCCACGUCACUUCUGUAGAAACUGCCAGAGGUAUUGGACUGCUGGUGGAUCCAUGAGGACCGUCCCCGUUGGUUCAGGCCGUCGCAAGAACAAGGGAUGGGUUUCUUCAGACCAUUACCUGCACAUUACUUCCGAUGAUUCUGACAAUUACAAUAGCUCCUCAACGAAGAUCCUAAGCUUUGAGUCUUCGGACUCUUUGGUUACUGAGAAUACUAAGCAUCAAUCAAGGGAUGCGAAGAUAAACGCUGACUUUGUUUCACAAGAAGUCAACAACUUCCAAGGGUUUCCUCCUCCGCAAGCAACAUCCCCUGUUUCGCCUCUUUUGCCUUACCAAUACCCUCCUAACCCUAGUUUCUACCACAUGCCCGUCUACUGGGGCUGCGUAGUACCGGUUUGGUCAACCUUAGAGCCUUCCACAUGUCUUGGGAAAAGGACAAGAGACGAAGCUUCACAUGAAACUGCUAGAGAUGCUUCUAUAAGACCAAGAUUGGUUUCAGAAUCCCAAAGUAUCAACAAUGAAGCAACUAAAGCUACGGAGAACCAUCUGUGGUAUCCGGUAUCGAUGAAACAUGAGAAGACAGAGCAAUAUAACUUCUUCAAUAAUGGAUCUGAAAGAAAGAGCAGCAACGAGAGGUUUGUGCCUAAAACGUAUCUUAGCCUUCAAGCAAACCCUGCAGCCAUGGCAAGAUCUAUGAACUUCAGGGAAAGCAUGUAAAACGGUGACGAGAUACUAAUAUAGAAUAGCCCUACGUUAUGAUCAUCUUUGUAUAAUGAUUGUUACCUAGUAGAUAUCUUUGUUGUGUGGUGAAACUGCAGAUAACUUUUAAUACUUUAUCUUAUUUAGUUAUUUAUAUGCCACAAUCCCCAUUUUUGUACACUAUCCUAACGGAUGGACAUACUGAAAGAUAAUCUCUUCUUUUGGUAAAUGUGGCUAUUAUAUAAUCUCUUCUUUUGGAGUAUAAAUUAGUUAGAAACAAAAUGAAUAAAGGAAAAAACAUGAGUGUGAA